AUGAUGAUUGGAGUACCAUCGCCGACUUACGGUCCACUUAAUUUACUUAAUCUUCCAAGUUCUAACGUUUCUACUGGACUUAAUCAUCAAAUUCUAUAUCAUCAUGCUUCCUUACCUUCUCCUAUGCUAUCAUCGAAUCCGGUGUCCAUUACGGGUGUUUAUCAGGGGCCUCAGCAUUCGUGGUAUCUGCCCCAAAUCAAUCACUCAUUGUUGGCAGCUCAGCACCCAAUGAUAAAUUAUCAGUUAUCAUCUUUUAUCUCCUCUCACGUCAAUCCUCAUCAACCCGUAUCAAUUCGACACCAAGCCUUGACUCCAUAUCCUCCCAUCCUUCCAACGCAGCCCUCCGGUGCUGCUAAUGCUCAGUCACUGUUUUUGGCAGCUUCACCUGGUUCCUUUACCUCUGCUAAUUUGGGGCUGAAUGGUUUGUCUUCUGGUAGCCUCCCAGUUUCACAGGUUAUUACUUCGAAUUCUUCCUCAAGCAAUUUGGAUCAAGAAAGGGUGAAUGUACCAGCAGCCUCUCCCCGAUCUGGCGGAACAUUAUUGAAUAGUUUUAUUUCUUCCAAUGUCUCAAAUGCAGAGACGAACAAUUCUGGUUCAGUUAAUACAGAUUACUAUGUUAUGGUUCAUGUGGAAACCGGGGAAACCUUCUCAGUUCGUGUCGGAGACCAAAUUCAGCAUAUACAUGGUGCGCUAAAGUCUUUACACUUUUAUGAAUUAUCAUUUGAUCCUGAUAUUUACUCUUCCUGUUAUUUUCACUUAGCUUGA